AAGACGAUACUACAAAAGAUGCAAAAUCCACUCCUCUUGCUCAUCCUCACACUUCUCCUCUUCACUUUCCCCUUCUGCACAGCUCAGCACGACCACGAGGCUGAAAUAGAAGUUAUCCUCGAACCAGAAGAUCCCUCCACUACCCAAACCCACCCCUCUUCCAUCCCAAACUCCAAAGCCAAGCUCAAAACCCCCGAACAGAAACAACCCGAAGAACUCGACGCAGAACAAGAUUCAUCAGGACUUAGAAAAGAUACGCCUACAGGUGGAGAAGGAAGUAGAAGAGGAUUAUUAUAAGGAAGAAGGGAUUAAGGAAGGGAAAGUGACCCAGAAAGGUAUUUUAGGGUAAGUUUAAGGGCUAAAGGUGGAAGAGAUGAGGAAGGGGUCAGGAGUUUAGAAGAGAGUAAAGAAGUUGAAGUUAAAUUUGAAAAACCGCAUGUGGAUUCAGCAGAGUACAAAAGAAAAAUGAUCAGGAAAGGGAGCGAUUAUGUUAUUAAACCAAGAAUGAAGACUAUUGAUGAUAUAAUUGGAUGGGAGUACACAGUAGUAUUUUGUCAAAUAUCAUUCAUUGAUCCUCAUGCAGCUAUGUUAUUUUCUGAAUCCUUCCUUUAUGCAGUAGGAGUUUUAUUUGAGAAAUAUAACAAAGAUGUGGUGUUUCUUCUAGUCAAUAUUGAAGAACAGAUGGAAUUAUUUAAAACACAUGGAUUAUAACACUAUAACGCCCUUGGUUUCUUUGAUCCAUUUAAUAAGAAAGCAUCUAAGGUCGAUGAUCUCAUGAAUGUUAAUCCAAGUGUUAUCGAGUUAUUGGAUUUCCAUCUUGAUAAGAUUCUCCAAGACCGUAAGAUCUCUUCAGAGGAAGAACUAUUAUCUUCAGAUGUUCCUUUGAAUAAAUAUUAUCCAAACUAUGUUGAGAAGAAAAAGAGGGAAGCUGCUACUAAAUUCGAAUUCAACAUUGAUUUCAACAGUAUGAUUAUCAAAGAAAUGACUGAGCUUAGUCAAAUGAACGCCAAGACCCAGAAGAUGCUCAAGAAGCUUAAUAAAGAUAUAUCAGCUGAAG